AUGGAAGCACGCCCAAUGAAAUUGGCGCGGGACAUCGCCAGCUUGUUCAACGACACGAGAUACUCCGACGCUACAGUCCUUAUGAAUGGCAUAACACUACCUGUUCACAAAUCCAUCAUCUGCACGCAAAGCGAAUACUUCGAGAAGGCAUUCCAGGAUGUAUUCGUUGAGGGAAGCUCGGGGGUGCUCACAUUCAACAGUGGUAGUGAAGCUGCUCACUGGAGGGUGUUUGAGUACCUGUACACUGGCGACUAUUCGGACGAGCUGUCGCGUGUUUCAGAAGGUACGGACUCUAUUGCCUAG